AUGCUCUCCCCGGACGCCCCAGAGCGUCGCGAUGCUCUCCCCGGACGCCCCAGAGCGUCGCGAUGCUCUCCCCGGACGCCCCAGAGCAUCGCGAUGCUCUCCCCGGACGCCCCAGAGCGUCGCGAUGCUCUCCCCGGACGCCCCAGAGCGUCGCUAUGCUCUCCCCGGACGCCCCAGAGCGUCGCGAUGCUCUCCCCGGACGCCCCAGAGCAUCGCGAUGCUCUCCCCGGACGCCCCAGAGCGUCGCGACGCUCUCCCUGGACGCCCCAGAGCGUCGCGAUGCUCUCCCCGGACGCCCCAGAGCGUCGCGAUGCUCUCCCCGGACGCCCCAGAGCGUCGCUAUGCUCUCCCCGGACGCCCCAGAGCGUCGCGAUGCUCUCCCCGGACGCCCCAGAGCGUCGCGAUGCUCUCCCCGGACGCCCCAGAGCGUCGCGAUGCUCUCCCCAGACGCCCCAGAGCGUCGCGAUGCUCUACCCGGACGCCCCAGAGCGUCGCGAUGCUCUCCCCAGCCGCCCCAGAGCGUCGCGAUGCUCUCCCCGGACGCCCCAGAGCGUCGCUAUGCUCUCCCCGGACGCCCCAAAGCGUCGCGAUGCUCUCCCCGGACGCCCCAAAGCGUCGCGAUGCUCUCCCCGGACGCCCCAGAGCGUCGCGAUGCUCUCCCCGGACGCCCCAGAGCGUCGCGAUGCUCUCCCCGGACGCCCCAGAGCGUCGCUAUGCUCUCCCCGGACGCCCCAGAGCGUCGCGAUGCUCUCCCCGGACGCCCCAGAGCGUCGCGAUGCUCUCCCCGGACGCCCCAGAGCCGUCGCGAUGCUCUCCCCGGACGCCCCAGAGCGUCGCGAUGCUCUCCCCGGACGCCCCAGAGCGUCGCGAUGCUCUCCCCGGACGCCCCAGAGCGUCGCGAUGCUCUCCCCGGACGCCCCAGAGCGUCGCGAUGCUCUCUCCCCGGACGCCCCAAAGCGUCGCUAUGCUCUCCUCGGACGCCCCAGAGCGUCGCGAUGCUCUCCCCGGACGCCCCAGAGCAUCGCGAUGCUCUCCCCGGACGCCCCAGAGCGUCACGAUGCUCUCCCCGGACGCCCCAGAGCGUCGCUAUGCUCUCCCCGGACGCCCCAGAGCGUCGCGAUGCUCUCCCCGGACGCCCCAGAGCAUCGCGAUGCUCUCCCCGGACGCCCCAGAGCGUCGCGACGCUCUCCCUGGACGCCCCAGAGCGUCGCGAUGCUCUCCCCGGACGCCCCAGAGCGUCGCGAUGCUCUCCCCGGACGCCCCAGAGCGUCGCUAUGCUCUCCCCGGACGCCCCAGAGCGUCGUGAUGCUCUCCCCGGACGACCCAGAGCGUCGCGAUGCUCUCCCCGGACGCCCCAGAGCGUCGCGAUGCUCUCCCCAGACGCCCCAGAGCGUCGCUAUGCUCUCCCCGGACGCCCCAGAGCGUCGUGAUGCUCUCCCCGGACGACCCAGAGCGUCGCGAUGCUCUCCCCGGACGCCCCAGAGCAUCGCGAUGCUCUCCCCGGACGGCCCAGAGCAUCGCGAUGCUCUCCCCGGACGCCCCAGAGCGUCGCGAUGCUCUCCCCGGACGCCCCAGAGCGUUGCGAUGCUCUCCCCCGACGCCCCAAAGCGUCGCGAUGCUCUACCCGGACGCCCCAGAGCGUCGCGAUGCUCUCCUCAGCCGCCCCAGAGCGUCAUGAUGCUCUCCCCGGACGCCCCAGAGCGUCGCGAUGCUCUCCCCGGACGCCCCAGAGCGUCGCGAUGCUCUCCCCGGACGCCGAAGAGCGUCGCGAUGCUCUACCCGGACGCCCCAGAGCGUCGCGAUGCUCUCCCUGGACGCUCCAGAGCGUCGCGAUGCUCUCCCCGGACGCCCCAGAGCGUCGCGAUGCUCUACCCGGACGCCCCAGAGCGUCGCGAUGCUCUCCCCGGACGCCCCAGAGCGUCGCGAUGCUCUCCCCGGACGCCCCAGAGCGUCGCGAUGCUCUUCCCGGACGCCGCAGCGCGUCCUGAUGCUCUCCCCGGACGCCCCAGAGCGUCGCGAUGCUCUCCCCGGAAGCCCCAGAGCGUCGCUAUGCUCUCCCCGGACGCCCCAGAGCGUCGUGAUGCUCUCCCUGGACGACCCAGAGCGUCGCGAUGCUCUCCCCGGACGCCCCAGAGCGUCGCGAUGCUCUCCCCGAACGCCCCAGAGCGUCGCGAUGCUCUCCCCGGACGCCCCAGAGCGUCGUGA